AUGAACAUUAGCCAGAUUAUUUCCUAUUGGGGCUACCCAGAUGAAGUAUAUGAUAUUGUAACUGAAGAUGGUUACAUCCUUGGCCUUUAUAGAAUUCCUUAUGGGAAGACAAACAAUGACAGAAGUCUAGCUCAGAGGCUUGUUGUAUACUUGCAACAUGGUUUAUUUACAUCUGCCAGCAGCUGGAUUUCAAAUCUUCCCAACAACAGCCUGGGCUUCAUUCUAGCAGAUGCUGGUUAUGACGUAUGGAUGGGGAACAGCAGAGGGACUACCUGGUCCAGGAAGCACACGUACCUCAAAACAAAUUCCAAAGAAUUCUGGGCCUUCAGUUUUGAUGAGAUGGCAAAAUACGACCUCCCAGCCUCCAUUGACUUCAUUGUGAAGCACACGGGACGAGAGGAAAUAUUUUAUAUAGGUCAUUCCCAGGGCACCACUAUUGCUUUCAUAACGUUUUCCACAAUACCAAAGAUAGCUGAAAGAAUCAAAAUAUUUUUUGCCUUAGCUCCAGUUUUUUCUAUUAAAUACUCAAAGAGCCCUUUAAUUAAAAGGGCAUACAAAUGGAAGUCAGUGAUAAAGGCUUUUUUUGGCAACAAAGACUUCCUACCUAAUACCUCAUUUAAAAGAUUUGUUGGUUCAAAGCUGUGUACACUGAAGACUAUUGGUAAGAUUUGCCGUGAUAUCUUGUUUAUGAUAUAUGGAUGUGACCUGGAGAACUUAAAUAUGAGUCGUGUGGAUGUGUAUAUGUCACAUAAUCCAGCAGGGACAUCUGUUCAAAAUAUGCUACACUGGAGUCAGCUUUUUAAUUCUAGCCAAUUGAGAGCUUUUGACUGGGGCAGUCCUGUUCUGAACUUGGCUCAUUUUAAUCAGUCCACUUCUCCAUUUUAUGAUGUGAGGAACAUGAACGUAUCAACAGCAACUUGGAAUGGGGGCAAUGACUUGUUGGCCGAUCCUGAAGAUGUGAAAAAUCUACUUCCUGAAAUUACAAACCACAUAUACCAUAAAACUGUUUCUUACUACAAUCAUAUAGACUUUUUGUUCGGAUUAGAUGUAUAUAAGCAAGUUUACCGUGAAAUCAUUGACAUUAUCCAAGGCAAUCUAUAA